AUGCCGUCCAAAGACGACCUCCUCGCAAAGCUCACCAACAUCCUCCAAAAGCAUAUAUCAGAGACCUCCACGCCUGGGCUCUCCGCCGCCAUUCUCACGCAUAGCACCUGUCACACCCUCACCGCCGGCCACGCCAAUCUCCAGCCGCCACAGCCCAUCGAGCCCUCUCACCUAUUCGGCAUCGGCUCCAUCACCAAAGUAUUCACUGCGACCGUCAUCCUACAACUCAUCGAGGAGGGCAAGCUGAGCCUGUCCGACACUGUCUCUCAACACCUUCCCCCAGAAACCUACGCCAAUAUAGACGACGCUGCAAACGCAAGUAUUUCCCAAUUAUUACGCCACCAAGCAGGAAUUGACAGCUGGGAAGACGACCCUGAAUGGAUCGCGCAUGGCCGCGGCAGGUACCUUGUUCCGGCACACGUAUGGUCCAAAACGGAGCCAUUGGGAUAUAUCCGGAGGCCAAAGAAAACAGCGCCCAGGAGCGGCGAGUGGUAUUACUCCAAUACGAAUUACACCCUUUUGGGUCUCGUCAUUGAGAAAAUCACAGCCAAUACGGCGGAAAGCGAGAUACGAGCGCGAAUUCUAGAGCCGCUGGCCUUGAGGAACACUUACCUCGAAGGGUUUGAGGCCGCAAGGGGACAUGUGCCAAGUCGAUACCACUGGGUGACGGAUACGUUUCGUUCGACGGCAGGAAUAUGCCCCUCUUUCCCGCUCGUCAGGGAUGACUUGCUCGACGCCACGACGUCCAAUCUAUCAGUCGAGUGGACGGCGGGCGGAAUGCUCAGCUCCGCCUCGGAUCUCGUAAAGUUUGGGCAGGCCCUUCGUGACGGGAAGCUACUGAAACCAGAGUCUUUGGACACUAUGAAGCAGUGGAUAGGUGCUGCUACGCCGGGCAGUGAGAUGGGCCACGGGUUAUUCAGGAUGAAGUUUACAGGGUCGGGCGGGAGCAGCUAUUGGAAUGGGCACUUUGGGGGCGUGUUGGGCUUUACGGGUGGUUUGUGGUGGGCGGAGGACGGUGACGUCGUGGUGGGAGUGUUUUCGAAUGUUGGGACGAUGCAUGCUGGGAGUGUGGCAGGCAGUGGUGCGCAUGUUAUCGUGGGCACAGAGUUUCUGGGGACGGCGAGGGAGUUGGCGGAUUGUGACUGUGGUGAUUGA